AUGGCUUUAGGUCAGCAAGUGAGACCUUGUGGAAUUUGUCAGUUGGUGGGGCAUCCUAGUGAUGCAUGUCCCACACUUCAAGAGGAUAUAAAUGAGCAUAUAAAUGCAAUGGGGGGAUUCCCAGGGAAACCUAGGCAAAGGUAUGACCCUUAUGCUAUAACUUAUAACGAAAGAUGGAAGGAACAUCCUAAUCUUCGAUAUGGGAAUCAACAACAAAUUGUGCCUACUAGACCACCAGGGUUUCCUUAUCAACAAAGGAAACAACAAACAUAUAUACUUCAACCUCAACAACCAAUUAUCUCACAAGCUCAAGAUCCAUCAAUGACUGAUAUGCUAAAAACGGAAAAUGCUAAUGCCAUCACAUUAAGAGACGACAAAACUUAUGAUCCACCCACUAUCCCAUCAAGUUCAAAUGAUGCACCAUUACCUCCUACCCAAUCCACCCAACAAGACAAAGAUGAAACCCCAACCACAACACUCAACCCUAAACCAACUAGUCCCACUUAUGUCAUGACUUCUCCAUUUCCUAGUUGUUUGAGAAAGAGAAAGAAAGAUGAAGCUGAACAAGAAAUACUGGAGACUUUUCACAAGGUUGAGUUUUUAAAGAAGUUAUGCACCAAUAAGAGGAAGCUAAAAGGGAAUGAAAAGGUGAGUGUGGGGGAAAAUGUUUCGGCGGUUCUUCAAAAGAAACUUCCACCAAAGUGUAAGGAUCCUGACACCUUCACUAUUCCUUGCACUAUUGGAAAUGAAAAGAUUAAAAGAUGUAUGUUAGAUUUGGGUGCUUCAAUCAAUGUAAUGACUUACUCUAUUUAUACCUCUUUGAAUUUGGGACCACUGGAAGAAACAGGGGUGAUCUUACAAUUAGCGGAUUGUUCUAAUGUAUAUCCAAGGGGAGUAGUAGAUGAUGUAUUGGUUAAAGUAAAUGAAUUGGUUUUUCCAGCGAACUUUUACAUUCUUGAUAUGGACGAUGACUCAGUUUCACGUUCUACACCAAUAUUAUUGGGAAGACCAUUCUUAAAGAUAGCUAGAACUAAGAUAGAUGUUCACGAGGGAACUUUGACCAUGGAGUUUGAUGGUGAGGUGAUUCACUUUAAUAUUUUUGAGGCUAUGCGGUAUCCAAGUGAUGUUCAUUCAUUUUCAUCAAUUGAUAUUCUGGACUCAUUGUCACAAAGAAUUCUUGAUUUACAUGGAGAGGGUGGGUUAGAUGUUGCUUUGAGGGAACCAAUAGACUUGAAGAAAGAUGAUGUCACUACUGAAGUAAAGGAGAUCAUGGCUGCACUUAAUAGUGGUGGAGAGGUUUCUAAAGAGGUGUCGUUCUUAGAGUUGCCUGUUUCUCAUGAGCAACUUCAACAAUCUGUUAAAUCAUCACCCAAGCUUGAAUUAAAACCACUACCGGAGCAUCUCAAAUAUGUUUACUUGGGUGAGAAAGAGACAUUGUCGAUUAUUAUCACCACACAACUUAUACCCAAGUACAAGAGGAUCGUUUGA